UAAUAAAUGCUACCAUAGCAUCAUGGCUGCAGCUGUAGCUAAAGACUAUGAUACACCCACUAGAUCUAAAUGAAUGUCUUAGUCCGUAUCUUUAUGGUUUCGACAUUCCAUUUAUCUCGUAAAUUCUGAUAAAUUGUGCUUUGUCUUUCAUUCUUUUAAUUUAACAUCUCAAUAAAUCGAAUGACAGACAGUCAGACUAAUCAAAUGGAAGAUUUAAAUGGAGCUGCUGGAGAUGCUGACGAUUCGUUUGACGAUAUCGCAAUGGCAUCAACUGGAAUUAACAUGCUGUUGAACAAUGGUUUCGAUGAAGCUUUUGCUCUUUUCGAUAAAUACAAAAAUGAAAGUCCUUUGAUGCAUUCAGGGUACAGUUUUGUCUUCUUCAUGCAAGCCUUGAUGUCUUUCGAGGAGGAAAAGCUGGCAGAGGCUCAAAAAGUCUUACAAGAAACAGAAAAAAAAUGUUCCUCCAACUCAGGUCUUGUCAAGUCUUUCAGAAAGAAAUUUUCCAAGAAAAAGAAGUCAGAGAGCAGUCUAACUCUAGAAGAGAGAAUAACCAAUCAAGUUAUUGUUGCCGACUGUAUCCUAUACCAAGCAGUUUUAGUUUUCACCAAUCAAGACAUUCCAAGUUAUGUCAAAGGAGGAUGGCUGUUGCGGAAGGCUUGGAAGAUUUAUGAAAAACUUCACAAAGAAAUGGAGCAGUUGACAGAGACCAUUGCACAGAACAAAAUUAACAGACUUCCGACAUCUUUCUCAUCCUCUGUUGACCCAGUGAGAAGAACUAGCCAGGACGCUUCUGGUCCCACCCAUGGUGACGUCAAUGGCUCUGUCACAGAGGAUGAUGUAGAUGGUGAACUCUCUCCAGAUGUUCUUUCCAGGUUGCUAGGGGCAGUUAACUUUGGCUACGGAACAUUUCAACUUUGCAUUUCAAUGGUGCCUCCAAAAAUUUUGAAAUUAAUCGAGUUUCUAGGAUUUGAGGGAGAUCGAGAAGUUGGCUUGAACUGUCUUGAGUUUACCAGUCACAGUAAAGACAUGAAGGCCCCACUGGCAACUCUAGCUUUAUUAUGGUACCACACUGUCCUCAGACCAUUUUUUGCACUAGAUGGAGCAAACCAGACUCAAGCUGGCACUAAAGAAGCUGAAGCAAUCAUAAAGGAAAAAGAAAAAGAGUUUACAAACUCUUCUCUUUUUAUGUUUUUUCAGGGGAGGAUACACAGACUGGAGAAAAAGAACGACCUUUCUUUGAAACUGUACAAAAGAGCUCUGGUAGAGGCCAGAGGUCAAAGAGAAGUUGAACUGAUGUGCCUUUAUGAAAUCAGUUGGUGCCAUAUUUUGAAGCUGGAAUGGAAAGAAGCUCAGGAAGGUUUUAUUCGUCUACAGAAAGAAUCCAAAUGGUCUCAGGCAUAUUAUACUUACCUUGUGGCAGUGUGUAUAGGUUCUCAGGGAGAGUUAGAUGCAGCACAUGACAUUUUUCACAAGGUUCCAGGGCUUAUAAAAAGAAAAAAUAACCAAAUUGAGGCUUUCGUAGCCCACAGGGCUGAGAAGUUUAAAAAACAAAAGCCAACUGUGGAACACUGUCGACUUUUGACUUUGGAGAUGAUUUUUUUGUGGCAUGCUUUACCAACCUGUACACCUGAGGAAAUCUCUCCUUUACUAAAAGUUUGUGAUAUGCAGAUAGACCAUAACCUGAUGCCUCUGAAAUGUCUAUUGGAAGGGUCACUGUACAAAGAACUGGGCUCUGAUGAAAUGGCAAUUAACUGUUUGAAAGAAGCCAUUGCACGUCACCAAGGUAAAAAGGAAGAUGUCUACAUCCCGGCCUUCACAAACUUUGAGCUUGCUUGUAUAUACAUGAAAAAACCAGAGACCUACCACUUGGCCAAACAACACCUCCAGGCAGUCAAGGAUAACUACAAAGACUAUGACUUUGAAAACAGACUUAGUGUCAGAGUGAACAACGCACUUAGGAGAUUAAAGUCUCAGUCAGCCACUGCCGUGUAAACUCUUCUUGCCCAGUACAAGUUCCCAAACACAUCUCCAUCAUCUGAACAUAACUGCAAGAUCUCUGCAGUUUCAACUUGGUUUAGUUGGGGUAACUUUUAAAAUGUUUAAAUUUAUGCUUUUAUAUGUGAAAUGAAUAUAAACGAAGCAAAAUUUUGUUAUUGUUUCAUGAUUUCACCAAUCUCUGUGCUAAUGAACUAUAAUUUGUCAACAUGACACAAUGAGGGAAAGUAUUUUGAUUCUUUUUAUGUUUUUUUUACAGAUGGGAAUUUAAAAAGUUGUUAGAUAAUGUUACUAUUAAUAAAACAAAUCCAAUAUUCAAGUGCUUUAUAUUUAGAGCUCAAUAAAUCUUAAAAGUUGUUUUGCUUGUUGAUUGACAAUGUGUGCACACGUUCUCUGUAUAUAAAUCUAGAUUUAUUUAUUUGUAUGAUUCAAAGAAUCUAGUUAAUGACACUGUAAGCCUUUAGACAACUUAAAUUGCUUACUGGCGGAAAUUGUGUAGGUUUCUUCUUGGUUACCAUCACGUGACUAAAUAUAUGGGUAAUAGAGCUUUAAUGUUUCUUUAUCUGUCUAUGCCUAGAGUUAGACUGUUUUAUAGUUGGAUUAUAGCCUUAAUAGUCUAACAACUGAUGUUGCUUUUCUUUUGAAUGAGUCAAGUACAGUUUGCUCUGUCUUUUCUCUUCUAGCACAGCUAUUUUCAGACAUUUUCUAGCGUAUUCUCUAUUUUAAAAUAUUUUUUUGAGAAUGUUUAUUUACUGUGUCAUUGUGAAGAAUACUUAAUCUCUGAGGGUCAUUGUUAAGCUAGUACUUGGUAUGGAUAUAAAUUGAUAAGCAAGCUAUAAUACCUACAACAAUAAAAUAAAAUAGUUAAUGCGUGCUAAGUUACUUUUUCAUCUCCAAAAGUAAAGCAGUAUGUUUCAGUAUAACUUCUAUGGUGUAACAGUACGUAAAAUAUUUUUUUUCUGGUUUUAAGCCUCAUUUAAAUAAAAGAACUGCAGCAAUAAAAUGAAUUAAUAAAGUUUUGCAUGCAUAAGUGUGAAAGAAAGUCUAAAUCUUUGGUGAAAAUGUAAGCAACUUGUGUCAUGUUUUGUAAGUAACUUAAGAGAAAUGUCAUUUAAUAAGUAGCUUUUCAGAAAAACAUUUCACAGUGAAUUGGAAUGGGCAUUAAAUUGGGAAAAAAUCAUGAUUAUCUUUAUUAUUAAAUAUUUUGUUGUAUUUAUAAAAUCCACAGCAGACUGUAUUUGUUUCACAAUACAUACUUUUAGCUAGUAAUAAGCUUUUUGCACUGACCUAUAUCUUACUUACAAUUACAGACCUAAAAUCAUUUUCAGAAAUGUGCUUUCAUUGAUUUAGUACAUUUAGUCUCUGCAAAGGAAAUCAUUGAUUCAAGUUGAUAUAUAUAUAUAUAGCUCUAUAUGAAUGACCAUAAUGUACUUUAGAAAAAAACAUUUUAUGAGGUGUUUUAAAUAGUAUUUUCAAAAUAAUAUAAAACUAUAUAUUCCCAUUUUGUUAUUAAAAACUAAUGAAAAUAGUAUACUAAUUCAUCAGUUUGGAUAGAAUGAAAUCAAAACGAUUUUUUAUUUUUGAUGUUUUUAGUUCUGACAAAGUUGAAAAAGAUCUUCAACUAAAUUAAUUCAACCCUUUUGUUAUUUGUGUUGCCAUAAGUUGAUAUAUUUUGUUUAAAAUAAUUGUUAUAACAUAAAAUGUGCAUCUAUUUAUACAUGUCUAUUUGUUUUUAUAUACAGUUAGUAAAUAUUUUUCUUACCAUGCUAAUAUAUUGUCAAUGCUAGUACAUUGUCAAUUAUCGUUGAAAGCUGGAAUAUUCACAUAUCAUUUGACAUUUCCAUCAAGUUUUGAUUGAAUCCUUUUUUUUUUCUUUUUUUCAACUGUGUGAAAGAGUUAACUCUUAAACUAAUAAUUUGUUUGAUGGCUGUAAUUAUAUAACAUGUAAAAUAAAAAUAGCAUUUAGGUGAUGAUUGGCUGUACUUAAAAGCAAUAGUCUUAAUGUAUUGGCAAGUCUGUUUUGGUGGCUACGUUAGACUAAAUUAAUUUUUAUAUCAUGAUGUAAAAUACCCCCAAGGGAAAUAGCAUUUCCACUAAUCCCUAAUAGGGAAAGAACACAGAUUAACCACUUAGAAAUUACUAUCAAAGGAUAUGUGAAAACAAUUGAGAAAUGCAUAACGAAUCUGUCAAUUCAGAUCCCAGUAUAUUUUUUAAAAAAAUCAUUAAAGAGACCUCAAUAUUUUAAGUUCUACUCUUCCGGUAUAGAACAGACUGAUUUUUGUUUGCAAUUAUGUUGACAGGCAAUAAAAAUUUUGUGAUCAUGUGCACAUCCUUGAAUGAGCUCAACUAAUUUAUUAUUAAGUGAAAACUGAUUUUUGUCAAGUCACUGAAUGGACAUUUUAUACUCUUCUUUAUAUCAUCUUUUUUAACAUGGCUGUAAGCAAUUUAUACAAUAAACUGUAACACUUACA